AUGGCACCUGUCCUUUACCGGCCUCCGCCUACGACUCUGAUCCGACCAACUCUGAUUGCACCGCCAGUUACGCCUGUCCAGGCCACAUCGUUUAUCCCCCGCAAGCUUUUCCUUCAACUACUCGCCGGAACAGUCGGCAUCUUUAUCCUUACCGUCCUUAUCUGGAAACUACCUCGCUUCCUUCGUUCAUUUACAAAGGCCAGAGUCUUGAGAAAGGGAAACGCCCCAUCGACUCGCUACGCCAAAACCUGGUACGGCUGGGUGCCCUCUCAGCGACACGAGGCGAACAAACAACUUCUCCGCAAAUUUAUGGCAAAGCUACGCAGUUUGAUUUCUUGGGGCUCAGCGAGUGCCGAUAUGCAAUGGGUGUGGUGGGACCCACGUCAAAAAGAACUCGGUGCACAUCCAGAGAGAAGAAAACACCGGGUACCCAAGUGGAAUAGCUGCCAUGAUUCUGAAAUGACUGGCGCCCUAUGGAACCAUACAAUUCUUUCCAUUCCUAGGUCUAGGUCGAAUCCUGGCCCAGAGGUAGCCUCUUCUCCCUUUGCGACUGGGGCACUUCUGCCUCCUGUCGGCUCUCAGUCUUUAGUUACACCCAUUCGAGGGCCUACGCGUAUAAAUGGAUCUUUACAGGAAAGCUUCCACAGUAGGCUUUCAUCGAGAUAUUCUACUGCCCCUCGGUUACUUCGUGCUAGGUUUUCUGAGGAUCUCGGGUCAGAUACAAGCUCACACGUGGUCCCACCUAUCAGACAACCCUUCAGAACGUUCCCACGGCUCCCCCUUCCCCAGAGUCCCAGUCGCGUCCCAUUGAGAUUCAUGCAUUACACCCAGUCGUCGCCCCACAGCUUUUCUAUGCCAUGCCUUGCAUGGCGUAAAGGCCUCCCGUCACCCACACAUUUAUGUCGAGACUUGAACUCUCAAAACAUUGACAGUGAAGAAUCCAUGCCUGAUAUUUCUCCAGUAUACCGUCGCUCGCGCAAAUACCAAGUUUGGUCUGCUCGGAUGGGGAUACAGACACUCAAAUGCGUUGGAUACAGUACUCACACGCUCCCAGCAGAACCUCCAGGAAGCCCCCAGUCUGUAUUGUUGAGAAGUCUCUCGCUCGAUAGUACUGCACUUGAACGUGCUUAUCAAUAUCAACAGAAUCGAAAAUGGGCAUCGUCCUCGGAUAUCAGCGACCUGAUUCUCUGCAGCCCUGCGCAGCAUUUCAAGGUCAGACGACAUGCAUCACUGAAUGGAUACAAAGGUGACACGAAUGUACGCAAUCAAUGGAAUUCUUUGCCAAUCUUGCGCGGUCAUUCCACUCCAUUCCGUCGUCCAACACUUCUUACUUGGCAGGAAGAGUCAAUAGGAUAUCAAGCGUCAGCCAUCAGGACUCGAACAAAUGGCAAGAAACCGGAUCAUCAAAAGCAGAAGCGCUUCUGUACAGUGCGAGUGCCGCAUUUUGUAACGCAAGCCAAAGACUGGAGCAGUUGGGAGGUGCGAUUAAUUUUCAACUUGGACCGAAGACUAGAGUGGAUCUCGAGCCAAUUAACUCCAGGGCAACGGCCAUUUCAUUUCGCUCUGCUGGCAAAUCACUGGUUAAAUAGGAAAACCUGGAUCGUUUUCGAUCCAGUCUCCCGAGUUCCCACUGAAAAGAGACGGCUCUGGGGGGAUCCGCGAUUCAACGUCCCAUAUCCAGCCCCAAAGUCAGCUCUUCCCCAGGGUCCGAAGUAUCCCAAAUCGGAUCAUAGGCCAGCGCAAACUCCCAAGAUCAACUCAUGGAGACUUGCGGUGAAUAGACAUAGGAUGACAUCCGGGUUAAAGCCAUUCACUAAGGAGAUUGAGCUCUAUGAGAGCUCAGCUGAGGACCCACCGGAUGGUAAAAUCGACCCGGACUGUUGGCUUAUCCGACGACCUCCGCAGGGACUCGGUCUAUCUGCUCGUCAGCGAGAAAGGUACUAUGAGGGUGGAGCAGGCUGGCAGGAAAGGUGGAGUGACUGGCAGAGAAUCAAACCCGGGUACCGGAUUCGCAAGGCAAUAUAUGAAGGCCGAGUAAAUAGGACGAGGGUGAAGGAGGUUGCUCAUGGCAUAGCUCGAUAUUGCCGACAAAUUACUUCGAGACUCAAUGAUUCCGACUCAAAUCGCUCGCUAGAUGGGAGAGAAGAACUUCCGACAGACGAAUCAUUAUAA